AUGAGUUCAUUCAAUAAUCCAUUUUCACAAUCGCAGAACAAUCGAACGAUCGGGGAGUUGGAUGAAAACCAUAUGCGAGAUGGUGGCCGACGUAAAUACUCUAUUUCGGAAGUAUUAGCUCAAUCAGUGAGUAGUCAAGGUGGGACGUUUGAAUUUGGGGGUCGAAGUUACGUUGGAGGAAAUACAGGUAUGACAAAUCGUGCCAGCAUGAAUACGAUGUUUUCACCAGCAGUGCAUUCUGGGAUUCUGAUCCAUGAACAAACGGCCAAUUUGGCCAGUAUUGGGGUCACCGAUGAUGCAGAAGAUUCGAAAAUGGGUAAUAAAAAUUCGUUUGCUGAAAAUCUGGUUAGUGAGGUAAUGAGUUCAGAAAAUGAAGGAGAUUACAUGAGUUCGUCUCCGCCAAUUCCUAUCUUAGGUUCAACGCCAGGAAAUGCAAGACAAUUUCUGGGAAGAAUAUAUAAUGAGCCAGAAGGCGCAACGGAUGUCGAACCGUUGUUGAUUAAUACGUCGAAGAAAUUAUACACCGAUGAAUAUGCUUCGAGUGCGAAUAACGUCGAGCCCAAUGACUUGGAAAUAGGUGAUAUCAGUUAUAAACCUGUAGGGGAACAAGAGCUGACUCAAGAACCAAGUAAGCUUCAUAAAUUGGUCAUACAACCUCUUAAUUAUAUUCCUGCCGUAUUCCUUGGUACACUUUUAAAUAUAUUGGAUGGUUUAUCUUAUGGUAUGAUUAUGUUCCCUAUAAGUGAGUCCAUUUUUGCCUCGUUAGCACCAGCAGGGUUAUCUAUGUUCUAUGUCUCGUGCAUUGUCUCCCAAUUGAUAUUUUCUUUAGGUGGAUCUGCGUUUAGGGCUGGUAUUGGUUCAGAAAUGAUAGAAGUCACUCCAUUCUUUCACGUUAUGGCAUUAUCUAUAUUAGAGCAAAUCGGCUCUCCUGAAGAAAAUAAGGAUGCGAUUAUAUCUACAACUAUUGUGACUUAUGCAAUUCUGUCUAUACUCACAGGAUUAGUCUUCUUUUUAUUAGGUAAAUUAAAAUUGGGAUCUCUAGUGGGGUUUUUUCCGAGACAUAUUUUAGUAGGUUGCAUUGGUGGUGUUGGUUACUUCUUAGUUGUUACCGGUAUUGAAGUCUCUUCCAGAUUAGAAGGUGGUAUUUACUACAACGCACCUACAUUCUUCUACUUAUUCAAUAACUACAUCACUUUGUUGGAGUGGGUUAUUCCUUUAAUUUUAGCUUUGAUUUUAAUUGUUAUGCAAACUAAGUUUCAUAAUAGUUUAUUAGUCCCCUUAUUCUUUAUUGGGGUUUUCGUCAUGUUUCAUUUCUUAGUAUUCGCUAUUCCUGGGUGGAGUUUAGACUCAGCAAGACAAUAUGGUUGGGUUUUCCCUGAGGUUGAGGCAAAUGAGCCUUGGUAUAGUUUUUACGAUUUAUAUGAUUUCAGUUUAGUCCAUUGGUGGUGUAUAGCUAAACAAGUACCUACCAUGUUGGCGUUAACCUUUUUCGGGAUUUUGCAUAUUCCUAUUAACGUACCUGCAUUAGCUGCCACUAUAAAAAUGGACCAAAUUGAUGUUGAUAGAGAAUUGGUUGCUCAUGGGUAUUCAAAUGUAUUAUCUGGAUUAUUAGGCUCAAUUCAAAACUAUUUGGUUUACACUAAUUCCGUUUUAUUUAUAAGAGCAGGUGCGGAUGCAAGGUUGGCAGGUGUUUUGCUUGCAAUUGCUACUGGAGCAGUUAUGGUCGUUGGCCCUGUCUUGAUUGGAUAUAUCCCUGUUUGUGUUGUUGGUGCUUUGAUUUAUCUUUUGGGUUAUGAAUUAUUAAAGGAGGCAUUAUAUGAUACAUGGGGUAAGUUAAGAAGGCUUGAAUAUUCUACCAUUCUUAUCAUUGUCGUUGUUAUGGGAGCCUGGGAUUUUGUAUAUGGAGUCCUUGCGGGUAUCUUGUUAGCAUGUUUGUUAUUCGUCAUCGAGGCUGCUAGAAGACCUGUUGUGAGAGGAAUUUAUACUGGAGUAGUAGCCAGGUCUACUGUUCUCAGGCAUCCUAAGCAACAAGAGUUUUUAAAAGAUGUUGGGGAUCAAAUUUGUGUUCUCAAGUUGCAAGGUACUGUUUUCUUUGGAUCUAUUGGGGGAGUUGAGGAUGUUAUUCGUUUAAGACUUGAAGAUGACAAGUUUAAGGAAAACCCAAUAAAAUUUCUUAUCUUAGAUAUGAAAGGAGUUGAUUCUGUUGACUUCUCUGCUGCUGAGGGAUUUAGAAGGAUGUUAAAUUUGUCAAAUGAAUAUGAUGUUCAGUUGAUUAUUUCAUCUGUUACCGAUGAGGAUGAUAUAGUAAAAGCGUUGAGAGAUGCCGGUUUAUGGGAUACCGAAAAUAACCUUGAUAUUCAACUUUUCAGUACAUUGAAUUAUGCAUUAGAAUGGUGUGAGAAUUGCUUCUUGUCCACAUACAAAUUGAUUAGGAGGAAGCAAAAACACACCCCAAUUAGCAAAGCUAUAGGCACAAAUUUUAAUUCAAUUGGCUCUAUGGGGACUCCAGAUACAGAUAAAUUGUUAUCAAAUCACUCAAUGGAUAUGAAAUACGCUACUCCUCGGACUACGCAAGUAUACAAGGCUGCUGAACGAACUGUUAAUUACGAACAAGGCAUUCAAAAUCGCUUAUCGGUCACCAAUGAUUCGCUAAGAAGGAAACCGUUACCAUUAAUUAUGAUCACAUUUGCUGGAUUAUCCGACAAGAACGAUAAAUUUUGGUCAAAAUUAACACCCUAUUUUAUCAAAGAGCAAAUCCCUGAAGACUACACGUUUUACGAUACGUCUAAAGACCGUCCGGCAUUUUUCAUAGUGGAAUCUGGGUUGAUUAGAUCCGUUUGCAAAUUCGAAAGUGACGGUCGUGAGUUGCGUUCUAGUAUUCUACCAAUGACUGCUUUUGGUGAUUUAUAUGACAAAGGCUCGAAUUACAGAGAUAUGGUUUACACUACAGUCAACGACACUUUAACAUGGAAACUUUCUGAGAGUAAACUUAACGAGCUAUUGAAAACUCCAGACGGAUACGCCGUAUACAAUGAACUAUUAAAGAUUCAAGCAAAAUUAGUAAGAGAAAGGUUUGAUACUAUGACCGCAAAUCUAGUCAUCUCAGCAUGA